CCCUCUGGGGUCCUUCCUAGCUCCUCUGCCAAUCUAGAUACUGGAGGUGGGACUGACAGCUGGGAUGAGGCCCCUCCUCCAGCUCCCAUCCAAUCAGGAUCCCUCCCUCUGGAGGCUGGGCCCACAGGCGGCUCUCCAAGCCUGUAGCUCCUUCACUAGGCUGAUAGCCAGGGAUGAUGUGCUGCUGCUGCCAGCGGCUACCCUGUGCCCUGACACUGUCGCUGCUGCUGCUGCUGCCACUCGAGCCCCAGAAACUAGAGAAGGAACUGAGUGAGCUCUGGACCCAACACCCCCUUCCUGUUCCAUCUCACCUCCAUGUGCAUCACAGUCCAAAUCCUAUCUUGAGAAUCAAGACAAGUGAUCUCCAGAUACCCUGAAGUUCCCUGGGGGCACCUCUUUGACGCUGAGUCAUGUCCCCAGAGCACUACCAGGUAAACAAGGUCCUUACAAUGGACCCUGGCUCAUUCUAUCAACCAUUCUCCAUCCCCACCCCCCUCCUAGUCUUUGUACCCCCUUUAGCUAUGGCCUCUGAUGGUCCAAAUCGCUGUGAUUCCAUAUACCAAGGCUUUGCUGAGUGUCUCAUCCGCCUGGGGGACAGCAUGGGCCAUGGACGAGAGCUCCAAACUGUCUGCAGAUCCUGGAAUGACUUCCAUGCCUGUGCCUCUCGGGUCCUGUCAGAGUGCCCGGAGGAGGCCGCCGCAGUGUGGGAGUCCCUGCAGCAAGAAGCUCGCCGUGCCCCCCACCCAGAUAACUUGCACAUCCUCUGUGGUGCCCCUGUGAGUGUUCGGGAAAUGGUUGCUGGCCCAGAGACCAACCAGGAGACACUCCGGGCCACAGCUCCUGCACUGGCUCCAGCCCCAACCCCUGCAUUGCUUGCUGCUGCUCUGGCACUUGCCUGCCUCCUGGGGCCUCUGGCCUAAACAGUCUGGUUGGCUAGCCAACAGUGCCCUUGCCUCCCAUCACUGAAUGCAGUGGCCGCUGUGUGGGCUCUGCAGAGUGUGCAUAAUUUUCAUUAAAGGUAUUUAUAUUUGCA